AUGGCGGAUGCAAAGAAAGUUAUUCUUGUUACUGGGGGUUCAGGUCUUGUUGGACAGGGAAUUCGACUUGCCUUGGAGGAGCAUUCGCUGAAACAACCCAACGAGGAAUGGAUUUUUGCAUCCUCCAAGGAUCUCAAUCUCUGUAGUGCCGAUGAAACCAAUGCUUUCUUUGAACGUGUUAAUCCAACGCAUGUUAUUCAUCUAGCAGCAAAAGUCGGCGGUCUCUUCGCUAACAUGAGUGACAAUCUCGGCUUCUUCACCAAUGAACCACUACUGGUACUCGGAUCAGGCUCUCCAUUGCGUCAGUUCAUUUACUCUGUCGAUCUGGGUCGUUUGAUUAUUUGGGUGCUCCGAAAUUACGACAAUCCUGAGCCCAUAAUCCUCUCCGUUCCCGAGGCCAACGAAAUCUCCAUCAAAGACGCCGCCUCUGCUAUCGUCUCUGCAAUGGGCUGCAAGGGUCUCACUCUGGAUCCCUCCAAAGCUGAUGGUCAAUUCAAGAAAACCGCUUCAGCUAAAAAGCUGACGUCACUCAAUCCAGAUUUCAAUUUCACCCCUUUUCAGAAAGCUAUAGCUGAUACAUGUGAUUGGUUCUCAAAGAACUUCGACACUAGCAGAAAGUGA